UCGGCGUUCAUCUGACUCAGAAAACGGUGAGCUCCCCCCACCGCUGCCUGAAUUGUGCCAGGAGUCGAUCUCACGUGCGAGGCCAUGGCCGACGCGGGCUUCAAGAACCGUCUGGGGAACUACAAGAACAAGGGCAAGGACAACGAUGAGAUGCGAAGACGUCGAAAUGAGCAGACUGUCGAACUCCGCAAGAACAAGCGCGAUCAGAAUCUUCUCAAGAAGCGGAACGUUCCAUCCGAGGGUAACGUCGUGCUGGACGAAGACGAUGAAGCCGCAACGAGUCAGGACAGACAGAUGAGCCUCGAAAAAAUAGUGGAAGGUGCGCGGAGUCCAGACCCAGCUGUUCAAUUGGAGGCGGUCCAAGCCGCUCGAAAACUCCUCUCGUCCGACCGGAACCCCCCCAUCGACGAUCUGAUCCUGACCGGAGUGCUCCCAGUGUUCGUGGAGUGUCUCCGCCGACACGACCAACCUGGCUUGCAGUUCGAAGCCGCCUGGGCCCUGACGAAUAUCGCAUCGGGGACGUCGAAACAAACGAUCGCCGUGGUCCAGGCCGGAGCCGUUCCGUUGUUUCUCGAGCUACUGCAGUCGCCUCAACAGAAUGUCUGCGAGCAAUCGGUCUGGGCGCUGGGCAAUAUUAUAGGCGACGGAGCCCAGCUACGCGACUACGUCAUCGAGUUGGGUGUGGUGAAGCCUCUGCUGUCGUUCGUGACGCCCGACGUCCCGUUAGCGUUCCUCCGUAACGUCACAUGGGUUCUUGUGAACUUGUGUCGCAACAAAGAACCUCCUCCGCCAAUGCACACUGUGAUAGAAGUUCUACCUAUUCUGGGUCAGCUUGUUUGUCACUCGGAUAAUUCGAUCCUCGUAGAUAGUGUCUGGGCGAUUUCGUACAUUACGGACGCCGGACAUGAGCAGAUCCAACUCGUCAUAGACGCCGGGAUUGUUCCUAAUCUUGUGCCUCUUUUGUCGCACAAAGAGUUCAAGGUUCAGACCGCAGCCCUGCGAGCUAUUGGGAAUAUCGCCGCCGGAACCGACGAACAGACUCAGAUCGUAUUGAACCACGGUGCGCUGAACCACUUCUUCGGCUUGCUGAACCACCCCAAAGAGAAAAUCACGAAAGAAGCCGUCUGGUUCCUGUCGAAUAUCACCGCCGGAAACCACCAACAAAUUCAAGCUGUGCUCGAAGCGAACCUCGUGCCUCUACUCAUACACCAUCUGGAAAACGGCGAUUUCCAAACUCAGAAAGAAGCCGCCUGGGCCGUAUCGAACAUCACCAUCUCCGGAACCAAGGAACAGAUGGAGUACUUAAUUCAACAGGGCGUCGUGCCGCCAAUUUGCUCGAUGCUGGACGUUCGGGAUUCGCAGGUGGUGCACGUUUGCCUCGACGCCCUCAAUAAUCUGCUCAAGCUCUCGUCGAUGUCUGAACCGUCAACUUUCGUUGGCACCGUUGCACAACAGAUCGAGGAGUGUGGGGGCCUGGACCGCAUCGAAGCUGCACAGAACUCGGAAAACGAGGAAGUUUACAAUCUAGCCUACGAAAUCAUAGAACAUCAUUUCUCCGACGCCACCGACGAAGACCCCCACCUGCUGCCCGGUAGCGAAGGCCAAGAGUUCCAAUUUGAUUCGAGCAAUCAGAUUGCAUCCCCAGAAUUCAAAUUCUAGACAAAUGCCACGAAGGAGGUGAACAUCGCCGUCGCUCGUUGACGGGGUUCAGGGCUGAAAACCUUCUCCGCCCUUCGGGUUGGAGAUCCCGCUUUUUUUAGAGGUAAUUUAACUCGACCGUCGAGGAUCAGAGCGAGGAUUUCCCUGUUGAGCCGCGGAGCGCCUAUCGUACUCGAGCGGAUGAGUACCCGAUAAAUUGUUUGUUUUUUUGGGAUUUCGACGGAACAUCGCGAACUCUCUGCAAUGUACAGAGAGAAGACAUGAUGAGUAAUACAUAUGAUGACGAGAUCGUCACUGAGGGAAUGUUCACAAUUGAGGAAAUCGCUGGAAUACAAUGACAGCUCUGGAACUAUUCGUAAUACAUACGAUUCCAAGCACUCAAUCAUGCUCAAAGCCCAGUGAGUGCAGCCAAGUUGUGGUGACUGUGUACAAAAGAAGAAAUGGACUAGGAGAGUGGACGAGUCUCUCCGAAACGUCCGUCUGAAAUCCUGGCAGUUGGCGUUCCGUGAACGGAGGUGUUUUUUUUGUGAUUUAUACUGAUCGCAAUCUGUUGGCAUGCGUU